AUGUGGGCAUCAAUUUGUCGUAUUGCGUCUCGAAAUCUUAUUUUUGGUGUAAAGUCCAAGGGGAAAACGGAGGAUGUCGCGACUCGGAGGCUGGGUCCGUCAGCAUUGCGUGAUUUUGCGCACAAGUGUCAGAAGAUAGUGCACGUACGCGACGGCUCACCAUGCCAUAGAAAUCUAUCGAGACUGUUCCGAAGCGUAGUAAUUAUACAUUGA